AUGCUGGGCCGGAAAACAGGGCUCCCCCACGACCUGAACAGCCACCGCCAGCUGAACCAGUCCUACCAGGAGGCUGUGCCCCUGCGGACCAGACCAUCCAAGGAGACGGAUGUCAGUUUGGAGGUGUUCAGCGGCUCUACGCCUGAAAUCAAACAGAGCCGCACCAGAGCCCAGCAGAUGCGGGAUAGGAAAGGUCGCAAAGCUGACCUCAAAGACUCUAACGGGAGAGAGGCAGAAACAAUUACCUUUAUUUCGGGUACAGCAGAGGCUCCGCCAAACCGGAGCGUUUGCUGUUCCUCUCUCUCUCAGGCCUGGAACACAUACAAGGCUGUUUUCUGUUGUAUAGUGACCUGUGGGGGCUGCUUUCAGGACUGCAGUGUCUGUAUCCCCUAUCCAGGGCCCACUGAGACCUCCACUGAUGACGGAAAGAACGGAGAUUAUAAUGGGCGACUGCCAAACAGCCCCGCCAACGUCUCUCCCACUGAGAAGAAUGGGAAUCAGAUCAAAAAGUCCAGCAUGGGUAGCAGUUUCAGUUACCCAGAUGUGAAACUGAAGGGCAUUCCUGUCUAUCAAAACAGGAGCCCCAGCCACCACCUGGAAUCGGAUUCGUGCUGCAAAGAGCUGCUGCCAGAGAAGCCCUUAAGGAACAGCAUAGAAAAACCACCGCUCCCCAGCAGCCACCGGAGUUCAGAAGAGUAUUAUUCCUUCCACGAGUCCGACCUGGACAUCAGCGAGCUGAACGGCUCCAUGUCCAGCAGGGAGAUCGACGUCCUGAUCUUCAAGAAACUGACGGAGCUCUUCAGCGUCCACCAGAUCGAUGAGCUGGCCAAGUGCACGUCAGACACUGUCUUCCUGGAGAAGACCAACAAGAUCUCGGACCUCAUCAAUAGCAUAACUCAGGACUACAACCUGGAUGAGCAGGAUGCUGAAUGCAGGCUGGUCCGAGGCAUCAUACGCAUCAGCACCCGGAAAAGCAGGGUCCGGCCCCAUAUUUCUAUCCCAACCAGCCAGAGCCACGAGGAAAAGUCCAGCAGAGGCAACGCACCAGACAGCGGUAAUGAAACGAUGCUAGAGUCCAUGGUCGUCAGCCAAGACGAUUUGGCUGUGCAAAUAUCAGAAGAAACACCAGCAGAUGUGAUAGCCAGGAAUAUGAGGCGGCAUAGCAGUGCAGGCUCUCCAACAAGCAGAGAUUCCUCUUUCCAAGACACAGAGACUGAUUCAUCUGGGGCACCUCUGCUUCAGGUGUAUUGUUAA